AUGAUGACGAUGAAUACGUUAUAUCCUAUCUCAUGACGCUUUAAGAUAACAGUGAAGGUCAACACUAUUUAAUGCAAGUGGACACAUUUUAUGCUGUGACAUAUUUUAAAACAGGCAUAUGAACGCUGAGAACACCCCUAUAGAUAUUUCCAAGAUGGCGGCUUCCAUAGGAAAUCUCGGUGGAAAGGUUGCACUAAUUACAGGUGCAAGUUCCGGGAUCGGCGCAGCAACAGCCAAGUUGUUUUCCAAGCUCGGAGCCUCAGUGGCUUUGACGGGAAGAAAUGAAGAAAACUUGCAGCGUGUUGGCCAAGACUGUACGAAGGCUUUGGUAAUCCCUGGAGAUCUUGUGAAAGAAGAUGAUACAAAGAAAGUAUUAGAGACAACAAUAAGUCACUAUGGAUGUCUUGAUGUAUUGGUCAAUUGUGCUGGCAUUAUUGAGCUUGGAAAUAUAGAGAACACAACAUUAGAACAAUACGACAAACUUUUCAACAUAAAUGUAAGGUCGAUAUAUCAUCUAACGAUGUUAGCAGUACCACAUCUUAUCAAAACAAAAGGCAAUAUAGUCAAUGUGUCCAGUGUGAAUGGUUUACGAGCUUUUCCGAAUGUUCUUGCAUACUGCAUGUCAAAGAGUGCUGUUGAUCAGUUUACGAGAUGUGUUGCUUUAGAGCUUGCUGGAAAACAGGUGCGAGUAAAUGCAGUCAAUCCUGGUGUAACUGUAACAGAAUUACAGAAACGUGGAGGAUUGGAUCCAGAUGCGUAUGAAAAGUUUCUGGAGCGUUCAAAGGAAACGCAUGCGUUAGGUCGACCUGGUCAACCAGAUGAAGUGGCUGCUGCUAUAGCGUUCCUGGCGUCAGACAGUGCUUCCUUUAUCACUGGCGUUACUAUACCUGUAGACGGUGGAAGGCAUGCUAUGUGCCCUAGAUAAAAAAAACUAUUCGCAAUAAAAUCUUACUGCGUGAACUAAUGAAUAGUUUCUUUUAUGGAAUAUUUUUAAAAGUUUGUACGGACGAAAAUGGAACACGGCACUUAUAUCUUAUGCAGCAUAAAUUGCCAAACGUGUGAUUUGACAAUCCAGUUUGUAUGAAAUUAGUCUUUUUGCGAAUAAAAUGUAUUUCUGUUUA